CAAAAAUGAAACUGAAAGUCUCUCCAACAUACAUCCCGUGAGCUCCAUAUUGAUCCCAAAUUAUCCAGAGACAUGAACAAAAAAAGAGCACACUCCGCAAAUGAUCUCCAUAGAGGAAGAAGACAUCGAGAUUUUCCAAGAGACACGUUCAUGCCACUUCCAUAUAGACGUGUGUACGGACAACAGAGCCGGCUGGAGAGUGGGAGAAAGUGGUCCCAUGGUAGGCUAACUUUACAUGCUCAACAGAACCAGCCUUAUAAUCAGCAAGAAUUACCAACAAACGGAGGUCAUGGCUCGAAUGUCAAGACACUUUUGAAUAUAAUUAUAAAGGAUCUGCAGCCCUUAAGUGCUGUGACAAGACAUCAUCUCACAAGGACUCUGCAGUCCUCUUUAGAUAUUCAGUUAAGUGCCUCGUGGCUCCGAAAUGAGCUUCAGAGCCUUUACAGCCAUGUGAGGGGGGAAGUACAGAAUGCAGUCAAUAACGCAAGUAACCUCGCUCUCUCAGCUGAGUUGUGGAGCUCCAGUGAGAACGUGUUUUACCUGACAGUAUCCUGUCACCUAAUCAGCAAAAACUGGAAGCUGAAAUCAUAUGUGCUAGAUACAGCUCAUUUACUCACCAAACAUACAGCAGAGAAUGCAGCAGAGCAUCUUUUGAGAAUUUCAAACGAGUGGAAUGUGACAGAAAAGAUCCAGACUGUGGUCACAAAUGUUGAUGGCAUAAAGAAGGCCCAUUACAGUGGAUGCAGAUGGACCUAUAUACCUUGUUUUGCUUAUACCCUGGAUAAAGUUUUCAGAGAAACCAUACAGAGAACCGACUGUGAAUCUCUACUCAGGAAAUGUCAGCAAAUAGUUGCAUUUUUCCACCAAAACUACAAAGCCUCACAAAAUCUCCAGGAGUAUUCUGCUUCUCUCAAUCUCCAGCGAAGUGAACUGACUCAAUCCUGUGGUCUAAAGUGGCUUCCUACUCUUCAUAUGCUGAAGAACAUCUCAGAGCAGUGGCAAGCCAUUUUUAAGGUUUUUGUCAACAGACGAGUGGAUGAUCUUUGCCUGAAUGAGAAUGAAAGAAAAAUAAUUGAAAACAUUGUGGCAGUGCUGGACAUCAUGAAGGACGUCACAGAGGAAGUAGGAAGUCGAGGGUUCAGUCCCAUCUCAAACAUCAUACCGCUUGUGCAAAUGCUGCAGAAGAGGCUGAGAAACCAAUCAGUGGUAGAGAAUUCAAUAGCAAAGAAACUGUCAGAAGUGUGUGACUAUCAUAUCAGUAACAUCAAGAAAAACAUUUGGUUUAGAGUUAGCACAGCGCUGGACCCGCACUACAAAACCAGUGUUCUGCAGGACUCUAGCAUUGAAGACAUCACAGCCGAAAUCAGGAAACAGAUCAGAGGAUCUGCAGAGCACUGCAGUCAUGACACUGAGUCAGUCUUGCAAAAGUACUUGAAAACAACAAGCAUUUCAGUGAAUGUGCUUGAAUUCUGGAAGACUAAUGAAGAGUUUAAAAAUCUGGCAACAGUGGCCCACAAGUACCUCACAGUGGUCUCCACUGCCAUUCCAGUGGAGCAUGUGCACCAGCUGCAAGAAGCACGGCUUUUCGACAGGAGAAACUGUCUGGAGCCAGAAAAUAUCAAUAUGAUCUUGUUUUUGAACAGCAACCAAUGAAGAAAACACAUUAUGUACUAUACAUAUACUCUAUGUAAAUAAUGCUCAGCACUGUAUAUGUUUCAAGUACUGUCACAAUUUAUAUGUCAAUCUAAAUAUCUGUUACAUGAAUGCCAUGGAUGUAUAUGGAGCUGCAUUAGUUGAAAUUAUUUGACAAAAAGUGACAGCACCUGACAUGUACACUUUUUUCUUACACAUUUACAGUAUAUAAAUAUAUAUAUAU